AUGUAUCGUGACCUCAGGCUAGGAGAAGACCGCAAAGAUUCAAAACCCAGUACACCAUCAUCAGCACGGCUUAGACGAUCCACCCGAACCACAACAUGGGCUAUCUUCAACUAUUCCUCGAUCUACUCGCUCAAUUUCUUGAAGCUACCUCCUGUAGAACCACCAUCCAUCGGACUUCCAUACGACGAGCACGAAAUAGCUGAAACUGAUCAAUGGUCACCUUAUCCCGAACAUGGGCAAGUCACUUUUCACUGGAACCUAAUGUAUAACAAACUCUGCGAGCUUGCUAUGAUCUGCUGGAAAAUUAGCAAGCUAUUGUUCUCUUCUCGUUCAAAGGACGACAUGAACAGCAGCCGCGCGGCAGCUGAGGCGAUCGGCGAAGAGCUGGUUAUUUGGAGGACGCAGCUCCCGUUCGAGCUCAGGCGCCACUCUGGCAUGGCACCACCUAUUAUGGAAGUACACGCUAUAAGUUAUUACGCGUCGAUAACCCUGAUGGAAUUCCUCAAGAAACCCGAAGUUGUCCCACCCUCAACACCUACCAACAUCGAGUUCGUGAAUAAGCAAGACCAACGGACGAUCUUAUGUGUCAUGGAGGUAUACACACUGAUAGAGAUCUUCAGCAAGGCCUACACCACCGCCCGGCCCGCUCCGUCGCUGUUUCAAGGUGCCUCGGUGGGUGCGUUCACACUCAUCAAAUCCUUGGAUACACCAGAGAACGUCCCAGUUUUCACCCAGUUCUGCAAGUUUGUGAUCGCUGGUGCUAAGCAUCAUGUACUGUGGAGGGGCAUCGCCGGCAUGAUCAGACUUACAGCAGAGAGAGUGGGCGUCACGCUCCCUUCUGCCCUCGACCAGGAGUUGCUUGAUGUGACCAAGGGUAUCUUCCACUCGGAGGACCGUAAAACGCUCAAUAAUAGUCAGUAUCCGAGCUACACAUUAGCGAAAGAUAUGAUGCGUGAAGAUGACUUCACGUUGGGUGAGCUUCUAGAUAAAUGGGAUUCACUAGAGAUAGAGGCCACUAACGAUGAAGGUUCAUAG